UAUAAAAAAAAAAAAUACCUCGGUUGUUCAAAUCGAUAAGCGAUGUGAUAUUAACAAUAGCUCGUAGGCAUAUUUGUUAUAGUUAUUAGUAGGUACCUAUUAUUUUAUCACACUGGUGUAUUAUUAUUACCACGUACAAAAGCAUUUAGUUUCGAUCUGCAAUGUCGACGAAUAAGUAGGUUAUAAUAAUAAUAAAGUUCAAUUAAGCUUCCAAAAUUAUUUCGGACGUGUUAAAAUGUCAUUAAAAAUCAUUGUGAUCGUAUGUUUCGCACUCUUAGUGUGUGUGGGUCGAGCUUGUGACGAUGUUGGCAAUCUCAAACCUUUGAAAACGGCAAAGGCUUCAGUGAAAUCGGCUCACGACGGCUUCGAAAUGACGGUUUUCGGUAACCCGGACAAAUACAUACCGCAUUCGAUGUACAUAGGUAAGUUUGUGAUGUUAUGAAAUCCUAUAGCAAUUUUAAAGUUAGCAAAGAUUUUCCAAAGUGAUCAGAAAGCAAAGGAGUUUUUGUUUUUUUUCUUGGGGGGGGAGGAAUACAUAAAUUCGGUUUUUGUGUAAGAACGAAGCUAUUUUUUUCCAAACAAAAUUUUAUCACUGUACGACCAGUGCACCAUAGAUCAGCGGUUAUCAACCUCUUUAUAUCCGCUUAUCAUUUACACAUUUUGAAAAUUGUUCACGUACCACCUGCCACGAUUAAGUAGUUUUUUUUACUUAUUAAAAAAAAAAAAAAAAUGUGUAGGUACGUCAUUUACACGUAUUUGGAACGUAUUAUUAUUAAAUCUACAUAAUUAUUAGCAUAUAAUAUACAAAAGUAUGUAGUAGAAGAAAAAUUAAAAUAAAGUAGGAAGGUAGAAUAAUAUGGUAUGGAGGAGUUAGGGGUGAACAGUAAAAUAUAAUAUAUACCUAUGAUAUGUUGGUAUAUGGUGUAAAAUGAUAUUGUUACUGCGUAAUAUGUAUAACACGGAUACGCGGCGGUUUGUUAGUCGAUGAAUGUGUGUGUACCGUCCUAUGUGUAUGUGUGGGUGUUUAUUAUACGGUCAUCAUCGCCACAUAUACAUAUGCACACUAAUAUAAAAACGUAUUAUGUUUAAUAUUGACUGGCAGCUAUCUACCGCACGAGAUUAUUUUAUUUAUUUAUUUGCGUCUACCUAAUUUUUUUACUUGUUGUACUAUGAGAAUAUAGAAAUAAUCACUUACUUCGGUAUACUGCUUGAAGUUCGUUGCUCAAAAAGUAAGGAGCAGGUAUAGAGAUGCGUAGGUUUCGAUGAAUUGUUACAAUAAAUACAGGUAGGUUUUCUAAUCGUUUUGACGCCAAGUCUAUUUAUGCCAAUAGGCAUUUAUUUUGGGUAUACUCAGACGUCGGGUCGCUAAUAAGUGACGACUUGCGGGAGAUGCAUCCAUUUAGUGUAACGAAUCGCUAGCCGACGUAUUAUUGUAUUACCAUUUUGCUUAAAAGUAUUUACUACAAUGCAAAAUGUACAGACAACCGUUUAUCCCGAGUGACGACCAGUGGCUUCAUAUGUUAGGCCUAUGCUCAAGAUAGUCAAGCGUAAUUUAUUGUUUGUAUGUUUAUGAUAGGUUAUGGGAGAAAAAAUAAGAGAUACGUUUAAAUGUUUAAUAGAAAAUAAUGUGACAAUGAGUACAACUACCAGGUUUAAAGAAAUGUGGAUUAACCAAAUACAGCAGCCCGCCUAUGUAACUGCCUUAUAUGUUUGGAAAGAUGUAGGUAGUAAGGAUUUUGGAAGGGCAAAAAAAGAGUGCUUCCACUGGGUGAACCCAGUGAAUUAAAGAUUUGAUGAGAAAGAUUUACGCGUCUCGCGUUUUAUGCAAUACGUGGACCCCACCCGGGUGGCUCCUAUACGAUUGUCGCAAUGGCUACGGGGGGUGCCAGUAUGUGGACAAUGCCUGUAAUUAAUUGUGUAAUAAUUUUAUGAUGUACUUAUGUGGCAACACUGAUAUUUUUAUGUGAUGGAACUAGAAAUUGUGCCUAAUACAUCACCUUGCUCGUUUAUUUCACAAAUAUUGACUAUUUAUGGAUUACAUGGACAUUAUAAAUAAUAACUUUUUUUUUUCACUUGUUAACAAAUUUUUUCGCGUACCACCUACGAACUUUUCGCAUACCAUUAGUGAUACAUCCAUCAUAGAUUGAGAAUCGCUACCUUAGAUAGUUCCGGGUCAAUAGCUGCUAUCACAUAAUUUUAAGUGGGCGGUGGCCUAAAAAUAGGAGCGCGUAAAAAGUCGAAAAUAUUUCAUCCUAACUGUAUUUUAGACGAUACAUAUAUCAUCUAAACCGUAUUUUAGUGGUACCUGAUUUUUAAUCCGUGCCUAAGUACGGUACAACCGAGUAUCUUAUAUUAGCUAUAGCUAUUCAAGAGACCCGGUGGAUUCACGAUGCGAGAGUCGCGCGUCAUCUAUGGAUUGUGAGCACCGGAUUCGUUGAUCCGUACCUUUUUUGGAUCGGAUCUGAUGUAUCUCAGUCGGGUUCCCGAUCUCCCACAAGAUGCUAUGGUAUUUAUUUCUCUAAUAUCAGGCGCCAAUCCCACAACCAUCAUGUUUGUCAACUGAACCGUAUUUUAGUCGAGAAAUAUUUUGUCCAAACCGUGAUUGAGCAGACAGUAUUUCAGUUUAUUGCGACACUCCGAAUAUAAAUAAUAGACAUGGUCUUAGAAAAUAAAAGCGGCCACUCCAGCUGUCCAAUUCCACUGUCCCGCAAAUAUGUUUACAAUUUUCAAUAGCGUUUUUGAAGUUUGGGUUUCAUAUAUAAUAUAUAUUAUGAACAUAUUAUAAUACAUUAUUUUAAGCUUACCACAAUAGAUACUAUAUAGUUAUCAUAACCGUUAUAUACACUAUAAAACAGAAUAAUAUUGCCAUGUUCAAAUCUUAGAUCAUAUAUUAGCAGUAUUGAUAUGUUUAAAAGAUAAAACAAAGAAUGAUUUUGUUUAAAACUUUUAAAAUACACGUUUUCAACAUAAAAGAAAACGUAUGUUUAAAACAAUAUUUCUAAUAAACUUUAAAUUAAAAUAAUCUAUGAUCUAAAAUAAUCUAUUUUACUGAACAGGACAUAGUAAAUAUAUGGAUUUAAUAUCGAUGGCAUCAAAAAAAAAAAAAAAAUCUGGGAAUUAUUUUAGACAAAACUCCAUAACUGAAAAUAAGCACGACCCCAAAAUUUUGACUGCACUACCGUUUUCUGCGUAAAAAACUACAUAAAUAUGAAUAAAACAAAAAAAAUCGGACAAGUUCGCAAGUGGGUGCAGUCACUGUUGUAGGUGAGAAUUUAGGAAGGUAGUAGGGGGGAAUUUAAUGUAUAUCUGUAAGUAAUGAUAAACCAUUAUUAACGAAAACCGAUUCUGAGCGAAAUUCAGUUGAUAGUGUUGCGUUGUUAACAAUAUGUAUGCCAUAUUAUGAUAAAAUAAUUACAUAGGCAUUAUAUAUUUUCUUUAAUAAUAUUUUUUUAAUAUUAUACCUAUUUUCUCAUUUUUCCUACGAUUUUCCUGUUUUUUCCCGGUUUUUCUCAUUUAUCCCCAGUCCGAUUUCCAUUCAGAAAAGGUGCUACACUAAAAAAUUGGAGCAAGCUUUCUGGUAGAAAAGCUGUCCAUAAAAAAAAUAUAAAGUACACAUAUUUGUUAAACUAUAAGCUUCUUGCUCCACACAGAAUUUAAAAUAAAUACUGAAAAAAGUUGUCCAUUAAAGAAGACCUAAUCUAUAUUUUAUUCACAAUAAUAAUAACAUAAUGACAUGAUAAAAUAAAUAUUUAUAUAGCUGCUUAACUGGUGUUAAUUUGAUGCGAUUUAGAGCAAUUUAGUAAGUGGGAACCAGCCAAUUAACUUACACCACUGAUACCACCCAUCGUCAAUUUUUACAUUUUUUUUUUUUUUUUUACACACGUUAUUAUAAUAUAUGUUAUUAUCUUUUUAAUAUCUUAUAACGACCAGAUGUUAAGAUUCUAGUAUUAUGAAUUAUCGUUUCAGUGACAAUAGAGGGUGAAAGUUUUGGGUUCCAUUCGACGCUAGUGACGGCGGAACGAGAUUGCAACACCGGAGAUUGCGACUCGGAAUCCGGAUCCCCGGACCGUUCUGGUUCGAUUCAGGUUCUGUCACCAGACGACGGAAUGACGUUCCAUCCGGAAUGUAUAAACACCAUCGUCCAAAUCGAUCCGGGUGUCAAAAUGCAAAAGCUACGUUUUGUAUGGGUUGCCCCGAAAACCGGAAGCAGUUGCGUGUAUAUAAGGUAAUCGAUUAUUAUAAUAUCAUUGUAUCCUAUUUUUAAUAUGAAUUCGUCCCAGGGAAGAAGUCAACUUUGUAGUCAAUACAAGCUAGUUAUAUUUUGAAAAUACAUACAUUUAUGCAUACAGUGGGAGAAAAUAGACUUUUACAGUGACAAAAACAAAUUCGAUAAUAUUUUAAUGGUAAAAAUAUUUUUCUCCGAAUAGUGUAAAUUUACAGUGUAUGUUAAGAUAAAUAUCUAAUGUACAAAACUAUAGUAAAACCUGAUUAUUGGCUACAAUAAUAUAUUAAUGUAAAUAAUUGUUUUUUUUACUAAGUUGAAGUGAUAUCUACUAAUAAAUAAUAAAUAAUAAUUUUUUGUUUAACUUAAGAAUAAACGAGAAUUCUUAGAGCACGGUUUGAAUUGUUCGAAAUGUUUGAGUGUCUUGAAUAAAUAGCUAUAUAGAUAGUACCUAUCUAUAAAAAUAAAAGAAAUCUUAUACAAAUAGAAUAAGCAACUUUGAGCAUACCAUAUUUUAGAACUUAAUAAAUAUUUAAUAUUUUUCUAUUAAAAAAAUUGAAUUAAAGAUUUUUUUAAAGAUUAUUUUAAAUAUUAAAUUAGUUUAGUUUUUUUAUUUUUUUUUUUCAAUGUUAUGUGGUUCGUAGCUAUACAGAUGAAUUCAGACAAUCAAAAUAAUCUUGUAUUCGCGUGUCAAGGUUUAUAGAUAGUCAUAGGGGCAACCAAACUACCAACUUUGUUAUUAUGGACACAAAAAAUACUCACGAUGAAGCCCCCACAAUUCUUUUUACACGAUUCUUACAAAAGUCAAUUACACCUUUUGUGUACAUAAAUUUAUCAUAACUAUUUUAACACGUGCAUAGUUUGUAGGAAACCAGUAUUGGGUAUAUUUAUUAAAUAUGAAAUAUGAUAUGAAUAAAAUAUUUAUGAAAAAAUUGAUUGGGUUUUUUGGGGGUGCUUAAGACUCCAUAUAGCGACCCCUAGUUACGCCAAUGCUAAAAUAUAGGUAACAUUGUAUACUGUACAAUUUUUUCACGUGCAACUUAUUGUGAAAGCAGCAUUCCACAGGUGUUUUUUUUCGUCUAUCAAUACAAAUUGUAGUAUAUUUUUUAAAUUUUUUUGUUAUACAUAUUUGGUCAAAAAUCACAGUAUCAUUCUUAUUAUUAUAUUAAUUAAUUUCAUAGUAUCUAUAAAAAGUACCUGAUAAUCCUGUAGGUAUUCUAUGCAUUAAAGUGUGUGUAUGAUUUAUGUAGUCAUCUAACUAUUGAACGAAAAUUACUUCUUUGUUUCUGGAGGCAAACAUUUUGCAAUAAAAUAUAUACAGAACAUGAACCUCUUUGAAUCAGAAAAUAUUCAUUCAUUAAUUUAUAUUAUUUUACGGAUUGAAUCCAAUUUACAAUAAAUUUUGAAUUUAUUCUGGUGUGUUUAUAUUUUAUGACGAAAAGAAACUAAAAGCCUUAGAUUUUAUUAAAUAAGCGGUCCUGCUAUAAAUCAUGAAAGAAUAAGAAUAUUUUGAGAUAAGACGCUGGUGAAUUCAUUUCAAAAUCCAAUGUGUUGGACUUAUUUUUAUCACCUCUCAUAAGAACCCAGAACCCAGGUAAAAAUGUCUGUCCAUUCCUUUUGUUUAUUCUAUGGUAUUAUCAUUGAAUAACAUGUUACUAUCGCAUUUAACACAGUGAUCAAUAUUCUCACUUAUAGAAUAUUUUAAAUAAGAUGUUUAAAAAUCUGUUCUAAGAUAAUGGGGACGGGCGCAGACACUGUUGUAGGUGGGAAGUGUAGAAGGUAGGAUACCGAAGGGAGUUCAAUGUAUACCUGUAAACGAUAAACCAUUGCUAACGAAAAUAUGAUUCUGAGCGUAGUUAAGUUGAUAGUGAUGCUUUGUCAACAAUAUAUAUGUCAUAUUAUGGUAAAAUAAUUAAAUAAGCAUUAUACAUUUUCUUUAAUAAUAUUUGUUUAAAAUUGAUCUGAUUUUCCCGUUUUCCUAGGUUUAUCCCAAUUUUUCCAUGAUUUCCUGGUUUUUCAAAUUUGCUGGGAAAACUCUUGGGAAAAUCGAAAAAUGACUUUCUUAAAGUACCUUCCCAGUCAGAUUUCAUUUCAGAAAAAGUGUUUUAAUUGCAAAUCGGAGCAAAAUUGCCUUCAAAAAAGUUGUUUAUGGGAAGAAAAAAGGCCAAAAUAUUUUUAAACCUAUAUUUCGUACAUUUUUCUGUUUUUCCUCCAUUUUUUCCCAUCUGUUAAGAAAAAUCCUGGGAAAAUCGAAAAAUGAUCUCUCUAAAGUACUACCCUAAAAAAAUUUACUUCCAGAAAAAAGUCUUUAUCGUUUACGUCGGAGUAAAUUGUCUGGUAGAAAAAGUGUUCAAAUAAAAAAAAUAAAUAAUAAUAAUAAACAACUUUAUAAAAUCAAUAAAUUCUUGGCUACACUCAGAAUCUUAAAUGAUAAAUGAUUAAUUUAUACAAAAAUAAGUGUAUAAUUUGUUUGUUUAUUUGUAUGUUAGUUUAAAAAAAAAAAACUAGUUAUACCUAAUUAAUCAGACCAGAGUAAUAUAAAUUCUGUUUUGUUAUGAUACGUGUUUAAUGGUUUUAUUUUAAUGCUUCUUAGGGGACCAUAAAAGAGGGUAUGGGAUGAAGCUCACCGAGGUAAUAUAAAGGAUAUUAAAGUGCUAGGAUUCUACUUUUUUAAAAGUAUCUAGUUACAGUAGGUACAUCUACUAUUUGUUCCUAAGUUAAGCACUGUUAAUAACUUCCUCAUGAUAAUUAUUUAAUACAUACCUCUUCCAGUCGUUUUCAUCAUAUAAAAUAAAUAAAAACAAUUUAAUAACAAAAUAUUCUACGAUACGAAUAACAAAUAUUCAUUGUGAAUUUGUGUACUGUGAAGAAACUUUAUAUGACAUCAAUGUAAUGAUCAUUUUUUUUAUAAGCACUGUUUGUGCUCUAAUAAUAUUAGUAUAAAUUUAAUUACUAGAAAAUAAUCGUUAAAUAUAUGAUAGGCAGAUAAUAAUAAAUAAGAAUUUACAACAAUAUUAUCAAAAUUAUGAUAAUAAUUUUAUUUUUGUCGUGGUACAAGUCUAUUUUCUUCCAUUGUGUGACAUUUAAAACAAAUAAAUUAACAGAAACAAAUUACAAAAAUUGACUUAAGCACUUUAUUCUAAUGACUAAAGUGAUAUUAUUAUGAUCUGUAAAUCACUUUUUGAUCCAGUGUUGCUCUUUGAGUAUGAUAUUUGUUCGAUUUUGUUUAUAACAUUUUUGUGUUUUCUAUAUAAUUAUUAUUAUUCAUUAAAAAAAAAAAAUAAUAAUAAUUGUCUGCAAAAUUGUCGGCAGUAUUCAGUUAUGGCAAAGCAAUACUAAUAAAAUGUUUAUAGUAAUUCCAAAAAAUUAAAUUAGGUAUUUACCUACCUAUGAGGGGAAUGAGUAAACUUUAAAAACAGAUUUUAGUUAGUAUUAUUUUUCAAAAAUAUUUUCUGGGAAAGUUCAUCUAUAAAAUCUGUUUUAUGUUGUUUAUUUAAUGCAAUAAAUAACAUCUAAAUAUAUUCGGCAGCAGUUAAUAGCAGCCGUCUGAGUUAAUAAAUUAUGCAAUGUCGACAUUUUGGUCAGUCACACGGUUAGGCUCUGCAUUCACUUAAUUACAUCAUCCGUCGAGGAUCUAUUCAAUAUGUCCCCUCACGAAUCUAUUGUGGUUAGGGGACACAGUUUUGUAACGACAAAAAAAAAAAGAGUUGAUUAAAAUCUGAAUAAAAUUUAAUUGGUACGUUAGAGAGCCAUUUAAUAUUUAAUAUACUUAUGUUAGUACCAAAAUGUAUUUUAUUUAAAGUUACAUAGAAUGAUGAUAUUUAAAUUGCUGAAAAAAUAAAAAGCUAAAUAUUGAAUGGACAGAAAUGUUAAAUAAAAUUGCCUUUAUAAAAUUAUUUUUUAUAAAUCAAAAAUGAUCAAAUAUGUAUACAUACUCAUAUAUCAGUAGUUCUGUUUAUUUUUAAAUUUGUAUUUUAUAGAAAACAAUAAAAAAUUGUUUUUUUACAAAAUAAAGACCGGGAAAAAACAUAUAGGAAAAACGGGCAAAUUUACGGCAGUUUUAUUACUUUUAUUUUUACGAUUUAGUUUUUCUAUCAGAAAUCUUCCACCAAAAUUCAAGAGUAGUAUCAUUUCUAAAGAAAAUGUUGUUUAGUUGGUAUAUUUUGUGGUCGUUUUUUUGUUAAUAGUCGGAUAAUAAUAAUCGUAGAGCCUUGAAAUUUCCAUGGACAACUUAUAAUAUUUUUUUUAGACUAUUUAUAAUUUUAAAGUUUAUUUUUAGAAUUUAUUUAGUUUUAUGUGGAAAAAAUUGUUUUCGUCGAGCAGAAAUAAUUGAAAAUCUAACACGACAUUUAUUAUAAAUUGUAAAAACAAAAGUUGAGCGUUAUGUAGUAGGUUUUUUAUGAGUGUUUUAUUGACGAAAACCAUACAAAUUACGGCAUUUUAAAACAUGUACACUAGUACUUAAAUCAGAACUGUACUUCGUUAGUAAUGAUUUAUCUUUGCGUAUAAACAGAAAUUAAAUUACUUUCCAAAUUAUAUUCUCUUUUCCAGCUUCCUAUCAAAAAUAGUGACACAUUAAUUUGCAGUAUAAACCUUUUUUUCUUUUGACAACUAUCUGGUUGGUAGUAUUUUUUCGAAAGUAUUAAUUUAUCUACUAAAAUAUUAUAUAUUUUCUUAUCAGUGUUAUCUAUCGAAAAAACGUGCUUAAAAAAAAAAAGCCCGUUAAAGUAUCUAUAUCAAAAUGUCAUGCCCUAAUAACACAGUAUUAUUAUUAUUAUUAAUAAUAAUUAAUAAUUAUAUUAUAGUUUUAUUUUUUCUUACAUAGGUAGUCAUGAAAUAUGUUUUCUACUUAGCAUACAAUAUGAAAUUAUGAUUGACAAGAAAUAAUUUUAUGCAAAUGCAUACGAACUCGGUUUUAAACUAUUUAUUACUGUAAUUAGUUUAUGAAGUAUUUAUAGAAGAUUAUUAUUAUUUAUUAAAAUUCUUAGUACAGGCAUAGUAUUUAUUUUCUACUUUUAUCGUUAAACCGAGUAAUUGAAUUAAUGUUAAUUACGCAUGGGAAAAUGUGGAGUUAUUUUUAUAUAGGUACCUUGUCAUAGGUGUCAACCAACAUUACUAAUUCACUAAUUGCUCUUAUUUCCCGUUUGAUCUUAUCUGUCAACCGUUAUCAUCACAUCAUCUGAUUUAUGAUCAUUGUCGUAAUAUCUACUUUUUGAACUAACUUUGUCGUAUACGCAAGAUACUUUCUUGGACUUAUACGACAACAAAACACAAAACUAGAUCAAAAUCUUCGGUUAUUGAUGUUCUAAUAUCUUUAGUCUAGAACUCUAUAGCUGGCUUUACUGACCGGAUGGCCAAGGAAGAAUGUUACUCUUUGUGCGCCACAUCUUUCGAACACCAAUUCCCUUAUCCCAGUUUUGGUAGUUAUAUAUUUAAACCACUACUAAAAAAAUAAAAUAUUUUAUAUCAUGUAUAUAAUGAAUAUUUAGUGAAUAUAAAUUUUAUUUUAGAGCACUAAUUACCUAUGAAAAUGGCAAUGAUAAACAUCGGGAGAUUGAGCUACUAAAGCAAUUGUGCGAAAUGUCUUUCGAGACGGAUAUAAAACGAAACCAACUGAUAGAGGCCGAGGAUUGCUGCGCCUGUGACGAAGCGGUUUACGAGGUAAACAGUUUUUUAUUAUAAUACAUACAAAAAAUAUAAAAAUCUGAUGUCGAGUCUAAAAAUCGCGCAACAAAAUAAAAUUAUAAAGUUUUUCCUUUCAUAAAACUGGCGUAUUAUUAUAUAGAUGAAGUUCGAAGGGCUUUGGUCUUCGAAAACGCAUCCGAAAGAUUUCCCAACGUCUUUGUGGCUCACGCACUUUAGCGACAUCGUCGGAGCGACUCAUGAUAAGAACUAUUCAUUUUGGGCUGAAGGUCAAUGGGCAACUGACGGUCUUAGGCAACUGGCCGAAUGGGGUUCGACAGCGAUUGUGGAAUCUGAACUCAGACAACAGGUACCUAUAUUAUGAUAUCAAUAUUCAUUUGUACAAAACAAAAUCUAUUAAUUGGUACGGAAAUAUAUAAUAUUAAUUUACUUGGUAUUACUUUGUUUUAUUUCUUUCGGUUUGUUAGAAGAAACAUUUGAGAACUUUGAUAAAAGCCGCCGGUCUAUGGCAUCCGCGGAUAAACGCAAACGUAACGUCUAAAUUCCGAGUAGACAGAAAACAUCAUUACUUAUCGUUGGCCACUAUGCUCGGUAAAAUAUUAUUACAAUCAGGUUACAUAGUUCUGGAUGUAAAGCGUUAUGUUACACUCAAAUGGUAAUGCAAAACAUUUCAGUCGAAUAGACUUAAAUUAAAAUGGGCUGGAGAGUUUGGAUGAUUAGGGGUUACUAAAACAUACAUUUAGAGCUAAUCGAAAAUGCUUAAGAAAAUAGAACCAUUCAAAUCUGGUGUCAAGAACAGCAGUUCCCAUUUGAUAAAAUGUAAGUUUUUGCACUUACGUGCACCGCUAAGAUCACAAUUUCUGAAACUCACAGUAAUAUUUCAGUAGCCCUGACUGUCCUAAAAGAACCUCAUUCGAUCAAUGUACACUUGGUUGAAAUAUUUCGUGUUAUUGUUUGAGUGAAAACACACUGAUGUGCUUUUAGCUUUGCAAUAUUAGUAAUAAUACCUACAUUACGUCUCAUGGUAAAUCGUAUUGGUUUUUUUUUUCUAGGACCGUCUCCCGAUUGGAUAGUAGGGAUCAAUGGUUAUAAUUUGUGUGAAAAAAACUGUCAAUGGUCUCAAACCAAAACCGUGGAUCUGUACGUUUAUGACGUUGGAACAGACAGUGGACGUUCAUAUAUGGUAAUAUAAUGAAUUUUUUAUAAAUGAUUAAAUAAUAAAGUAAAAACAAAAUUAUUAAAAUAGUUAUUACUCGUAAAUAAAUAUAUAAAUAAAAAAUGAAUAUAUAAAAAUAAAAUGAAUCAAUGAAUCAAUGCGUCACCUGGAGUAUCAUGAUUAGUGUAUUAUACGAUCGAUUUCGAAUUAAAAAUUCAUCUUUAGGUAUAUCACAAUCAAAUUGUAAAACGAAAAUUAAUAAAACGAACUUUAACAGGCGUCCGCUAUUCGUAAUCUUAUCGAGUUCGUUAUCGUUAUUAUAUUAUUACGAGAGUCGUGUUUUACAUUUUGACUAUGAUAUACCUGAUGAUGAAUUUUCAAUUCGAAACAAGUCGUAUAAUAUACUAAUCAUGAUACUCCAGGCGACGCAUUGAUUCAUUUAUUUAUUUUAUUUUUAUAUAUACAUUUCUUAUCUAUAUAUUUAUUUACUUUAUGUAUUUUUUAUCUUUUAAAAGUUCUCUUCUAUAAUCUCAUAUUAAACAAAAAGAACAAUAUAUAUGGCUCUCCUAAGACCCAUGUGGUACUAUGGCAUACAACUUUGGGGAUCAGCCAAACCCUCUAAUACUCGAACAAUCCAGGCAUUCCAGUCUAUUUGUCUACGUCUAAUAUCAGGUGCCCCUUGGUAUAUUACCAAUGAAUCACUUCAUAAAGACAUUUACAUCCCUUAAACAGCCUUGCCAAAAUUACCUACAAAAAAACGCACAAAACAUUCAGUACUCACUUUAAUCCUAUAAUCACCCAACUUUCAUCCAAUCAAAUUCCAGGUAACCCAACCAGGCGCCUGAAAAGGAACUGGUGUAGGGAUCUACUCUCUCCUUAAAUCGCUUUCCACAGGGUGCCGCCACUGGGCGACUUCCCCCUCAUGCCAAUUAUCUCCNUAGUUAAAAAAAAAAAAAAAAAAAAAAAUAUUCUCAUAUAUGAGACAUAAUAAUUUUAAAAAAAAACGCCUCGUCGUAUUUUUUGAUAUUCAAAAAAGUAUUAUUUGUACUAUUACAUAUUUCGGGCACAUUUUUAUCUUGCUAGUUGUAGAUAUAAAAAUUACAGGUUUCUUUUUAUAAGUUCCUUGUAUAUUCUUGAAAGAUAAUAUUAUUAUAAUAUUAUUAAUAUUAUUGUGUUGUUUUAUUACUGGGUAGUGGAUGAAUUAAAAUAAACAGGUUAUGGUUUUAUAAUGUAAUUAGAGCUCAAAGGUUCACAUAUAUUUGCAUACCUAUGUGUUAAUUUAUUCAAACCGUAUAGUACGUAAACAUGCUAUGUACACGAAACUCGAUUAUAAACGUUAAUUUCUAAAUUUUAACAGAAUAAUUUUAUUCAAUUUUUAACUAUUAAAAUAAUUGUAGAACUAUUCAUGUUUUUAACGGAUUUCAUCGAAUAUUAAACACAAUAAUCAUUUCUAAAGCAUAAAAGACCUUUUGAUUAAUUAAGUACUUGCCCGUAUUUUAUGUUUACUGAAUUUUCCAAAAUGUACUGAAAGUGCACAUAUAUUUUGUCAUAAAGUAUACAAAUGUUUCAAAUGACUAAACAGCAAACAGUGUCUAAAAAAUAAUAUUUUUAAUUCUGGUAGAAAUUGCUCGUCGUGUUGACCAAGUGCCAAAUUUGUUUUGCUUUUCGUAACCCACUCUAAUAUUGAAUUUUUACAAAUUCAUCAACUUAAAACUUGUUUUUAGUAGCUGACACACUUGGAUAGGGUUUACCGUGGAGUGACAAAUUUUAUAAUACAGAACAUGUAAAGUUUAAAAGUUUUAAUUAUGUAUUUAAUUUUUAUUUAAUUAUUAAAAAGAUGAAAAAUGCAAAUAAAAUUUAGCAAUAGGUAUUCUUAUAUAAAACAAAAUUGAAAAAAAAAAUUACUGAAUAAUUCAAGGAGCGUUGUAAUAAAAUUUAACACGAAUUCAAAUAUACUUAUUUUAGUCUCAUAACCAAGAAACUUUGCCGCACGAACGCAUUUACCGUAUCACCCCGGUGUAUCCGGACGAUCCGAGAUCGCCUUUUUUCAGCGAAGACGGUAAUGAGAUAGCGCCUUUGGCCCGGCUACAUUUGAACAGAAUUAAUCUCAUACCGAAAUCGUGUUCCGAGAAAAUCAUAACCGACUUGAUCGACGAACUCAUUGUGUCUGAGAAUUCGCAAGACAUUUUAAAGCGUAAGCGUAUUUUGAUCCGAAAAAUAAUAUUAAACAAUAAAUAGUCUUAAAAUUUGUAUUUUUCUUUUAUUUAUUUUGAAUUUUGCAUUAUUCUCAUUUUUCAGCUGAGUGCGGUACAUCGAAAUAUUCAGAAUGGAGCGAGUGCAACGUACCGUGUGGCAAAGGUCUUAGAUCGAGAACCCGAAAGUAUUUAAAUGAUACUGCCGCAAAGCUAUCCGGUUGCGAUAGGCAACUGGUCUCCAAGGAAAUGUGCUUGUCUUCGGUGCCCAUUUGCCCGUAAUAAUGAAAUAAUAUUGAGUUUUUAUAAUGUCUUUUGGUAUUUUGCGAUAAAGCUGAAUAGUAACUAGUGAAAACAUUAAGAGUUAUUAUUAUUUAAAGUUAUUAUUUUCUCUUUUUGAUAACUGUUAACUACCUAAUUAAUCAAAAACAUAAGUACAGAUUGCUAGAAAACAACUUGUUUAUUUCUUUGAAUAAAUAAUUUUAACUUAAGAUAGUUAUUUUGUUAAAAUAGUAGUAAUUUUUAAAACGUUUUUGUUUAAAAAACAGUAUAUCUAUCAACUUAUCUUGCAUUUAAAUGUCGACGAAAAUAAUGUAUUUUACUGUGAUACUCCUACGUGUCUUUUCAUUAGAUAUUAUUGCCCUAAAAAUAUGUGACUCAACUAGGUUUUUUUCCGUAGGAUAACUUAAUUUAAUUUAGGUAGUUUAAAAAAAUUGGCCAACUUGUCAGCUUUGUUUCACGAUACAAAAUCAAAGAGUGGAGGAACAAAAAUUCAUAUAUUACCAAUUUUUUCAACAUUGUAUUUUAAAGAAGCUAUAAUCCAUAGCGCUCAAAUAGCAUUAUAAUUUUCGUAGGUAUACCGUAUUGUCAAGUAUCUCAACAUUUUAAUUGCUUAUUAUUUAGAAUGAUAUUUUUAAAUUCCGAGUUUAGCGAACAAUGUAUUGGUUUUACUAAAAUGUUUAUUUCUUUUUAUUUUUUUUUUAUACUGAGUACAAAAAUUCUACCAGAAAUUUUGUUAAGAUAUAUACUCGCGGCACCAUUUCUGAAAAGGAAUGUUGUCCAGACGGUACUUUUAGAAGGUUGCUUUUUGAUGUUUCAAACGGUUUUCAUAAUAUCUGGGAAAACCCAAGAUAAAACAUAAGAAAGACUGGAAAUUUACGAAAUUAAUGCUUUUAUUAUUUUUCAAUUUUGUUAUUUGUUAUAGUUCAGUUGAAAAUAUCCUUAGAAACUUUAAAUUCGAACAAAAAACUUAUAUUUGCCUUUUCUAGACGUGGUAAAAUUUUUAAAAAUUUAAGUUAUUUUCGAGCUAUUUAUAGACAUUUUAAUUUUACGAGUUUUGAAUUUUUAUUUGGUAGGUAUUCUGUGUUAAAAUUGUUAGAUUUGAACAGAAAUGUUUGAAAAUUUAACAGGAGAUUCAUUAUAAUUCGUACUUUGUCAAAAAAAAAAAUUGAGCUUAUUAUAGUAUUUUUUUUUGUACAUAAAUUUUAUGCAAAUUUUGGUUCUUAUGGUUUUACAAUGAUAUUUAUUAUUAUUAUUUUUUUUUAACUGUAAACAACUUUUCUACCAGCAAUUUUUCUUCGAUUUACAACGAAAGCACUUUUUUCAAUUAAAUCAUUUGCGUACCUACCUAGAUUGUCUGUGAAUUCGAUCGUCUCGGUUACCUACAAAUAGGUUUGAUUAUAAAAUCAUACAUUUAUAUAUUUACCUACAUCGUCGGUCAGUUGUUGAAAAAAAAAGAAAAAAAAGGAGUUUUUAUAAUUUGGAAUGUGUUAUUUUAUUGGACAUAGAAAUUAAAUAUGAGAAACAACAAAACGUAUUGUAUUGUACGUAUAACUACGUUUUUAACUAUAAUGUGUUAAUAGUAAAAUAAUUACUUAUAAUAAUAAUAUAACGAUGAUGAAUGAAUGACGAUUAUAUUAAUAAGAAUUUCCUAUUAUAAGAUAACGUACGUUUUUGUUGAUAAAACCCAUUCGAAAAUCAUUCGAAAACAUCUUUCUCAAUUCCUGUAUUCGGUUAAUAUUUAUCACAUUGACAGCGUAUUUAAAAUUUUCAACUAUACUUAUAUUCUACAGAAAUAAUGUGUAUCUUGAACCGAAUAUUUCCUUAUGGUUAAAAAAAAAAUAAUAAUAAUAAAAACUAAUAAUUCUGUAAACCUACUUAAAAACAACAUUUUACAACACCUUUAUAUUUAAAUAAUGUGGUAUUUUUUGCGAAAUUGUUUUAUAAAGCGGUGAAACAGAAUUGGAAGACGACAGCCUGUUGACGGACGACGCUAAAUGCAACACGACGGAAUGGACGCCGAUGUCCGAAUGUUCGGUGUCUUGCGGAAUUGGAUUUAUGUUCCGAACCAGACAGUUUUUGGAUCACACCAGUUACAAAAAAUGUCGUCACGUUGGUCUUGUCAUGAAAAAGAAAUGCAUGCAACCCGCUUGCACAAAACUAGUCGAGCAGGUAAAAAACAAUAAUAAAAUCUUACUUAAAAUGUUCCAUAUACGAGUAUAUAUAUAACAUCCUUAAUGUAAUAGAUUAAGUAGGUACAGUAAUAAUAGUAUACCGUGGUUGAGAUCGACGGAAACAAAUAUAAUAAUUUCAGGGCCAUCCCUAAGGGGGGACACUCCCCUCCUAUCACACUGAUAGGGGUGAUUCCCCCCCCCUCCAAGAGAAACGUAAAUAAAUUGGCAUUUGGCAUAGUCAUUGGUCCAGAAGUAGAUAUAAUAGAUCUAAUCAAUAUAUUAUUUGACACAAUUUUUUAGAUUCUGAGUGUAGCAAAGAAUGUAUUCACUGUUGGUUUUACAAAGAUAUAAAUUUGUAUUGUUUUUUUUUUAUAUUGUUAUACAAUUUUCUACCAGAAACCUUGCCCACAGAAUUAUGUAGAACAAAUCUAGUUACUGGUCCAUACAAAUUGUUUCAAAAUAAUAUUUAUUUUCUGUAAUACGGCAUAUAUUGAUAUAAUAUAUUAUUGAAAAAGCAAUACUAUUAACCGAGCUCCGCUCAGAAUCAUUUUUCGUUAGCAAUUAUUAAUUAUUAAAUUGAAACAUUUCGCUCCUCUCCCAUAGUCAAGGUUUGGAGAUGUCCUUGAAUAAUUUUUAUUUUAUUAUUAAGUAGUCCCGCAACUAUAAUAUUUAAUAUAAAAGGAGAGGCGAAUUCAUAAGGGACCAUGCUAUGGUAAGUGGUCAACAAUGGUCAACAGAUGGUCUUGAUUGAUUAAGAAAUAUAAUAAUGCAGACAUUUAGAUAGAAAAGAAAAAAUAUGUCCGGUAUUAAGUGGUGUCGACUGUUGAGACCUAGUUUAGAUUUCAUGUAGUAUUUCGUAAAUUAUUGUGUAAUAUUUUGUGUGAUGCCUAUAUGAAAAUAUUGACGUUGAUGAUUUAAAACGUAUUUUUGACAUAUCGUGUUCCAGUCUGUCGUCAAUAGCAACUGCCCGGUGUCCGAAUGGAGUAUGUGGAGUCCGUGCAACGUGACUUGCGGUAAAGGUGUUUCGGUAAAGUCUCGGUUGCUGCUUUUGUCUGGCGAAAAUCGCACGAAAUGUAUCGACAAAGUCGUGUUGGAAGAAUUUCGUGAGUGUAACGGGACUAGGCCUACUUGCGAAAUUAACGAGGCUCUGGCAAAAGGUAAAUAUUUUAGUGUGAAAUACAUAAGUACAAUACAAGAACUGUGCAUUUAUAUAUAUGUGAUAAAAUAUAUAUAUAUAUAUAUAUAUAUGUUUUCUAACACAUAUAGUAUGAAUCUAUUAAGACAAAUUCACGUCGAACCAUUUUUCUCUUGCGUUUUAUUAUAUUUUAUAAAUAUUUUUUUGCCCUUUUAUGGGUUAUGUUAUUAGGUAAUAACCUUUUAUUGUAUUUAACGAAAUUGUUUUACAAUAAAUAAGAAAAAAGUUGAAAAAUCCAUAUAUAUAUAUGUAUAUGUAUAUAAAACAUUAGGUCUAAAAAAAAUUGAUAGUUAAUAUUCUUAUGUCCUAUUUUAUAAUGGUUUUAGAUUCUGAGCGAACCGAAUAUCGGUUUUUGUAUUUGAUUAUACAAUGUUUAUUUUUUUUAUUUGUAUACAAUUUUUUUACCAGAAAUCUUCCUCCGAUUUUAAAGUUUAAUACCUUUUUUUGUGGUACUCAAGGGAGGUAAGUUUUUCGAUUUUCCAAACGGUUUUCACAAUAAUUGGGUAAAAUCGGGAAAAUUUACGAAAUACAUUAUUUUUAAUUUUAUUUUUUGUUGUGAUUCACUUAAAAAUAAUUAUAUAGAUUUGAAAUUUAGAUAGGAAAAUUGAAAUUGCUUUUUCUAGUUAUGAUAAAAUUUUAAAACUAUUUCAGCCAUUUUUUGGCUAUUUCAAGACAUUUAAAUUUUGCGAGUUUUUUACGUAAGUUUAAUUCGGUAGGUACUCUGUGGAUAAAAUUAUCAGAUCAAACAGAAAUGAUUGAAAUUUGAACAAGAGGUUUAAUAAAAGUCGUACUUUAAAUAAAUUUAAUCGGAUUUAAUCAAUGUUAAACCGAUAUAGUGGCAAAUAUAUAUUAGCUGUCUAUUACCAAAACGUCGAAAAUAAUAUUUCAGGGUAAUAAUAUUGGUAGCAAGUAUCUAAUUAAGUACCAAAUAAAUUUCUAAACGAACCUUUAAUCGUAAAAUUAAAAUAAUAUUUAAGAUGUUUUACACUCUGUAUAUAUAGGUGCACAUUUAUUUUUUGAACAUUCAGUUUUAUAUUUGUCACCGUUUUCCAUAAUGCCUAAAAUUAAAUACUGCAAUAGGUUGGCUGUUGGCUGCUUGCCCGUUUGGAUGUUGUUCCAAAUCUAAAUGUGAAAUGUUACAUUUUUUUAUAGGGCUUUUAGAAAAAUAUGAUUACACUAAACACAAAUGUUCACAAUAAAAGUAGCAUAUUGAUUAGUACCUAUACCUAAUGACAAUUAUUAUCCCUACGAUUAUGUAAAUACAAUAAUUCUAGUUGUACCGAGUAACCCGACCUAAUAAUUAUAUGUCUAUUCAAUUAUUGUUGAGUAAACCAAUCGCUUAAAAUAAUAUUAUUUAGUGAACAUAUAAAUAGUUAUUUCGUAUAGUAAUUAUAAUUUAUUAUUGUACAUUAUAGUUAUUCGUUUUGCGAGUUAAUAUUCUUGAAUAUUUUAUUUCUAACAUAAGAUAUUAUGCUUGCAUGUAAAACAACUUGUUGAUUAGUGAAUUCACUACAAAUCUUUGACAACAUAAACCAUAUUUAAAAAUAUUUGUCUAGGUUUCCAACAGUUUUUCUCAACAAUUUAAAAAUUGAACGACUGUUAUUUUCUGAUGUUCCUUUAUGGUUGUAUCCAUUGGAUGGACGAAAAAAUGAAGUUAAUGGUUGUUACCGGCCAAUUAGUUCACCAUUGUUCACUAUCACCUUAUAUUUUACAUUUGAAAUAUUUGAACUUCAAUCGGAAUUGUUAUUAUUUGCUUACAACGUUUUUUCGUUGUUCAUUGCAGUAAUUGAUACCAACUAAAUAGCACCCUAAACCAAUGGUCAAUCCGUGGUGUGAACGGACUAAAAAUAAAUUAUAUCAUAAUUAGUACUUAAUAGGUACCUAAAAAUAUUUUGGUGGUUUUUAAGUUAUUUUUAAGUGUUGUAUAUUUGGGAGUUUUUUUACGUAGUUUUAGAUUCGGAGAUUAGCGAGGUUGUUUAGGUUUUUAUUAUGUAGAUAGUUUGUGAAUAAAAUGAUUUGGUUAAACACAAAAUUCGUUGAAAGGUGGUUUGCUUAAACAUUUAAUUCUAGGUUCUUUAUUAGAAAAAAAAAAACAUGAGAACAUUACAUAACGAUGUAGCAGUUUUUAUUUAAUAAGUGUUUUAUCAAAUUUUGACGAAAAUCGUAAAUAUUACUACAUUUCAAAACAUGUAAAUUGAACAUAAUUUAGAAUUGUUCUUCAUUAGCAAUAUUUUAUAUCGUUAAUAUUAAUGUUUUAACAAAUAUAAAUUAAAUAACCUUAAGUAUCCUAUCUUCCCGAAUUUUCACUUAUAACAGUGGCACACUAAUCAGCAGUAUACUUGUUCUUUUUUUUUUCAUGUCAGUCUUUAUUCAGAAGAGUAAUAUAUUUUAAUGUUUUUCAGAAAUCUGUGCAAUGGAAAAAAACGAAGGACUGUGCAACGCAAACUUCGUGCGUUAUUAUUACGAUAAACAUUUUAGGAGUUGUAAACCGUUUAAGUACAGCGGAUGCCGUGGCAACGAAAAUAAUUUUAAAACGUUUAACGAUUGCAACAAAACGUGUCACGGAGUCGUAUGAAAAAUCGUCUUAGUUUUAUUUUUAAUAUUAUAGUAUAAAAUGCUUAAAAUUUUGUAAAUUUAAAACACGUUAUAGAAUCUAUACAGGUUAUAGACUUUAAUAUAAUAUAAUAUAAUAGUAUAAUAGUAUAAUACACAUUGUACCUAUGCACCUGUAUACCUAUGUGUGAUAUUAUAAUUAUACGAAUUUUACAUACCAUAUUUUUUUUCAAACCGUCUUCCAACUUUAACACAACCACUAGUUUGUAAGUUGAUAAGAAAACAAAGGCCUCAAAUCGAUUGAUACCAUUAAUUAUUGAUUUAUUUUUACGGUUAGGACAGUACUAACAAUACCUACUAAUGAAAAAUGGUUAAAGCGGGAAAAACUUUGAUGGGACACUAUGACUUCCAAAAUAUUUUUCUCUCACUGCACACAUUUGUUUAUAAAAAUUGUAUACUAAUUGGUUUUAAAAAUAAACUCUUUUCCAUCUCAAAUAUAAUGUUAUGCAUAUGCCUACUCAGUAAAAAUAAUGUAAAACACUGUUGAAUUACGUAGAAUCUAAUAGAUAAG